GUGUGCUCUGCGAUGGGUCGGCACUCCGUCCAGGGUGUAUCCUGCCUCGAUGCCUGAUGAUGCCUGAGAUAGGCACAGGCUCUCCAUGACCAGAGAAGUUCGGAUAAGCGGUAGAGAAUGAAAUCAAUGAAUUAAUAUCUAUCAGAAUGAAGAACUGCAUGUUUUGUUUAAAUGUACAUGUACAUUUUUUACGUUGACAUUUGUUGCUUUUUGGAGACACCUUUAUCCUGAGCAACUUACCAAAGGCAUCGCCACUUGGGUAUUACAUGUAUUACCCGCCACUUGGGUAAUAUGGUUAACCCCCCCCCCCCCCCAUUUUGGCCCUAAUGCAAAUCAACUAACAAAAUAGUCUAAAACUGUGACCUGAAGUGGAAUAAAAAAAAAUUAAAUAACUGGUAUAAUACUGUUUAAAUGUGCACACGCUCAUAAGGGAACAUCUUUCCUGGCUUUUACCCCAUGAAAGACCACAAACAUCUCUCUCUCUCUCUCUUUCUCACAAUCACAAACAAAUUAAUUUAGAAAUGUUAGAAAUAGGUAGUUUUUGGAAUUUGUCAUGUAACAGGCUACAUCUUUUAUCGAUGGUCUGUACAUGUAGGUACGUGGUACCAAUAAUAAUAAUAUGUAAUAAUAAUAUAUAUUUCCUUUGGGAUCAUGGCAGAUCCUUGAAUCUAUUUCCUAAACGCAGAUUGUUGCUGCCUACAGCAGCUUGCGUUUUGAUUGGUUAACGGUAGUCCAAUCUGUUUCCAAGAAAUUUUUAUUCGUUUAUUGGCACUGGAUCUCAAAGUGCACUACUCCAAUACACGCUUAGUGGGUUAGACACCGGAUUAUCUGUGGGGCUUCUUCAGGACAGAUCCUCACAUCUUUACGAUAAGGAUUUACACUGCCAUGUCCAAGAGCAACAUGAAGAGACAAGCACACGGAUACACGGACAGUACCAACAGCUGUGACCGAAUCAUCAGCUUCAGCUCUCCAGCUAGUGAUGGUAGCUUACAGCAUCUUUCGACCGAAGAGAAGGCUUGUAUCAGUUAUUUGGAUGAGAUCAUCGAGUCCACACUUACAGAGCACAGUGAUUUUUCCAGUGAUGACUCCCAAACCUUUGGAAACACGAUUAGCAAAAAGCAUCACUGCACAACAUGUGGAGUUCAUCAGGACAUGUCAUCCUGCAACUCUUUCCCAGUGACUGAUAGCUCACAGGAUCUCUCAGCAGAAGAGAAGGACUGUCUCAAGUUUUUAGAGGAGACCAUCGAUUCCAUAGAGGAUGUCGGUCUCUCCACUGGUGAUGCUGAAAGUUUUCCAGAGUCAGGUUGCACAAUUGUCAAAAAACAUCACAUCAAUCAAAUUAAGACUUUCCUGGUUCCAGCACCUUUUGUCCUGACAACCAGCAAUGGUAGCAUCCCUACUAAACAAGGAAUGGCAUGUGCUGAGGAAAAAAACACUACCUAAUAAAGAUCAUAUCCUUCAGAAUGAUCAAGCAUUAUCUGAUGAUGCUUCACACUGGGGGUCUUUGUCCUGUAAUGGAUGCUUAUCUACAUUUACUUAAAAUGGUGGUGUGAUGAGACCAGACAAGGACAAGUUGGAGGCUUUAAGUAAACUUGGUCUAUUAAAGGAGGGUGUAAUGCCAGAAAACAAACAAUUUUUGGAUGCUCCAUUGUCAAGCUCCUUUCCAGACUGACCUCAGAAGGUCCAACUAGAGAAGUCCUUUGAGAUCAGUGAGUCUGACGAUGAGCAAUCCACAAUCCAAAAGCUAUCACAUGCCUUAAGCUUAAGCCUACCGAUGGUUCCUGAUGUAGAUGUAUCAGUUUGUUCUCUAGCAUUGUUCUCUAAGAGAACUAGGGGUGCUUAAAGACUUGAUAUUAAACAGUCAGGAACUUCGACUGAACUGUGAACCUGAAAGUAUCAAAUUAUGACACUUUUAACAGUUUUGUACUUUAUUAAUACAUUCAAUUUGGACAUCGAUAAAAAAAUUCAGUGCAAUGAUAAAUACUAUAAUCAUUUGUUUAAUUUUAGCUGUCUGGGAAUAUAGGCAGCUCAUAUUAGAAACUUCUAGAUAACUUUUUACGUGUAGAAAAAGGAUAUUUUCAUUAAAGUAAUGUAAGAAGUCGAGGAAUCAGAAUACAGAAUUAAGUAAUAACUGUCACUUCAUUUAAAGGCUCCUUUAACAACCAUUUACAGCAUCAGUGCUGAUGAAAUCUGACGUAUUAUUAUCUGUCGGUUAGUGUUCAGAAUUAGUUCAGGCUGAAUGACAAAUCCCAGAUUGAUAUUAAUGCACUGGUUGUAAUAUUCAUUGUGUUUCUAUAGAAACUGCUUAAACAGGGAUUUGUAUGGGUAGUGUAAUAUAAGCCUGGUAAUAAAUAUUAUCAUUUAAAAAAUCCGGGUGGAGUUCUUUCUGUAAGGAGAAAAUGUCACUGAAAUGUUAUUUAUGGAAGGAGUCUCCAGUGUCAGCGCUUUGUAACAGUCAGAAGUCAAACCGUAAUGCUGCGGGAAACCUUCAGGACCGAGGAGUUUUACUUUUUAGGGGUUGAUUUCAACAUGAUAAGCUGCUUAUUUCCAUCUUGUUAGAUUCAAGAGUGAGACAAAGGGAAAAGAGAAGUAUGUGCUAUAAGUGAUUG